UCCUACAGUUUAGGGGUCACACCCACUUGAAUGUUCUUCAUAUGACGAACCUCCACCAGCCGAGUCUCCAACAGAGCAAAUGAGGAAAAUAUGAUAUAUUAUGAUUUAUGUUAGUAACAAUACAAUAUGGGAAUUUUAUCCCAAAGCUACCUACAGCUAACAUAUAUAUUUAUGUAUGUGAUCUAUGUAAAUAAAGGAGUAUAACACAGCUGUAAAACUGUGAAGGACUAUAUGGUGGAGGCCUACCCAUUUCCCAGGAGCAUUGUAAAAAGUGGAUUUGGGUACAGUGUUUAUUUCCCCCUAAUAUCUUUGAAGAUUACACCUAAAAUAAUUAGGCCUACUUCUUUCUACUGCUGAUCUGAGACCAUUAGGGUUAAACACUACAGAUAUAAAUGCAAUAUAUGGAGUAGAAAAGAUUGCCUGCCCACCAAAGAAUCAACAUACGUUCUACAUGGUCUAUUUCUAUCUGAAUGUAACACCUCAAUCAAGCUUGUUAAUUGAUCGUUAAGUCCUGUUUGUCAGGUAAAAGGUCAUUAGUGGCCUAUAUAAGCCUCAUACAGGCCACGGGAAGACAUUACCUGUUGAUAACACAGACUAUUCUCAUGAUCAUGGGAGGUGUGAGAGAAUUACUGCUCUUUGCGAUGACUGUGGGGGUUGUCAAAGUUUCUUGUUACCCUGUUGGAAAGUCCCAGAAGCAAGAGCAAGUCUCUCUGCAGAGCAGACUUGGAGAGCUGUCAUCAAAUGACGUCUCCAUUGUGCAUGCCCUGGCCUUGCUCCGAUCCAUAGGGUCUGACGCUAAACAAGACAGAGAAGAGAAUUUAGAGACUAAUGAAGUAGAAUCCCAAGCUUCUCCAAACCAUGGUAGCUCUACGGCAAAUGAUGCCCUGUCCUCUGACGACGCUACCUCUGGAGCUGCCCCUGGCCCGUCUGACGACGCUACCUCUGAAGCUGCCCCUGGCCCGUCUGACGACGCUACCUCUGAAGCUGCCACUGGCCCGUCUGACGACGCUACGUCUGAAGCUGCCACUGGCCCGUCUGACGACGCUACGUCUGAAGCUGCCACUGGCCCGUCUGACGACGCUACGUCUGAAGCUGCCACUGGCCCGUCUGACGACGCUACGUCUGAAGCUGCCACUGGCCCGUCUGACGACGCUACGUCUGAAGCUGCCACUGGCUCGUCUGACGACGCUACGUCUGAAGCAGCCACUGGCCCGUCUGACAACGCUACGUCUGAAGCAGCCACUGGCCCUUCUGACGACGCUACCUCUGAAGCUGCCACUGGCCCGUCUGACGACGCUAGCGCUGCCACUGGCCCGUCUGACGACGCUACCUCCGAGGCUGCCACUGGCCUGUCUGACGACGCUACCUCCGAGGCUGCCACUGGCCCGUCUGACGACGCUAGCUCUGCCACUGGUGCGUCUGACGACGCUACCGCUACCUCCGAAGCUGCCACUGGCCCGUCUGACGACGCUACCUCCGAAGCUGCCACUGGCCCGUCUGACGACGCUACCUCCGAAGCUGCCACUGGCCCGUCUGACGACGCUAGCGCUGCCACUGGUCCGUCUGACGACGCUACCGCUACCUCUGAAGCUGCCACUGGCUCGUCUGACGACGCUAGAGCUGCCACUGGCCCGUCUGACGACGCUACCGCUAGAGCUGCCACUGGCCCGUCUGACGACGCUACCGCUAGAGCUGCCACUGGCCCGUCUGACGACGCUACCGCUGAAGCUGCCACUGGCCCGUCUGACGACGCUACCGCUGAAGCUGCCACUGGCCCGUCUGACGACGCUACCGCUGAAGCUGCCACUGGCCCGUCUGACGACGCUACCGCUGAAGCUGCCGCUGGCCCGUCUGACGACGCUACCGCUGAAGCUGCCGCUGGCCCGUCUGACGACGCUACCGCUGAAGCUGCCGCUGGCCCGUCUGACGACGCUACCGCUGAAGCUGCCGCUGGCCCGUCUGACGACGCUACCGCUGAAGCUGCCGCUGGCCCGUCUGACGACGCUACCGCUGAAGCUGCCGCUGGCCCGUCUGACGACGCUUCCGCUACCUCUGAAGCUGCCGCUGGCCAGUCUGACCAUGCCAUUGAGGAACUGUUAAUUUCUGCAUCUGAGCCCCCGUUGACCACAAACAUGGAUAUCUGAUGUGGGACAUGGUGCUCGGUGUCCAUGCAAGAGUUCAUGGGUAUUCUAGUCCAGGUUGUGUGUAACUGCAUUUUCUUGUUUUGGCUCAAUUAAACGUUAUCUGUAAUA